CCCUCACCCACUCUUCCUCCUUACCCUCUCUGACCGUCCGCUAUGUCUACUAGAGAGCCGAUGUGGUACUGUCAUGAGUGCCAUGCAGAGAUGCGGCCUCUGAUGGUGCCAGAUCCACAUUGCGCAUCAUGCAACGGAACGUUCGUUGAGCGGAUAGAGAACCCAACCGACGACCCCCGCGACUUCGCAGUGGCCGAUGCAGCGAACUGGGAAGAUGGACCGCUACCUGGAGAGAUGGACGUAUUCCUGGCGGGACUCCGGUCGAUACUGCGGGGUCCCAAUCCUUCACCUCCAGUUCCCGCGCCCUCUGGGAGCCCGCGCGCUCGCUCAACAAGUCCAGAAAAUCGCAGAAUGUCUGGCGACCGGCCACGCUCUCCCAAUGCGCCACAGACGUUUACAACGGGUCGGAACAACAGCUUCACUAUCCGGAUAGAGCGCUCUAGUCUCCCGGGGAGCCGACGAACAGUCAUCCUUGGCGGGCCACCGGGGGGUGGGAGCAAUGACGAUAUUCCUAGACUGUCUCAAUUCGCACCACCCCGACCCUCCGACGGGACCCAGCAGGACCGACCCAACAUUACGGGCCCUAUGCUCGCACAAUAUCUCCUUGCACUUAUGGGACCUGGCCGUGGGGCCGACCCAUUUUCUGAGCUACUGGGCGGUAUGUUCCCUGGCGGGAUCCCAGGUGGUGGUGGUCCAGAGAAUGGGCGAUGGGGAGACUAUGUCUUUAAUCAAGAAGCCCUUGAUCAGAUCAUUACCCAGAUCAUGGAGAACAGUAAUUCACACCAGCCCGUUCCGGCAACUGAAGAGGUGAUAGGGAAGUUGCCUCGAGAGGUUCUCGAAGAAGGAUCGCCGCUCUUGGAGAAAGACUGCGCAGUAUGUAAAGAGCAGUUCAAGGUCGAGACGGAAGAUCCAGACGAGCUAGUUGUUAUCACGCUCCCUUGCUCGCAUCCAUUCCACGAGCCUUGCAUCCUUCCUUGGUUGAAGAACAGCGGUACCUGUCCAGUUUGCAGGUAUCAACUCGUCCCCCAGCCAAGCUCACAUCCGCCAGGACCCCCGCCCGCCGGGUCAAGCCGGUCUGAUAGUUCGUCAUCUCCCGGUUCAUCCGGUAACAAUGGUUCCUCCGGAGGCGGCAGUGGAAUCCUGCAGAACGUGUUCGGUCUCUUCUCUGGCGCGCCUCAGAAUAACGCACCUCAGAACGAGCAUGGUUCGAGCAGCAGCUCAAGCAACAACGCCGGAAGGAGCCAGAAUCGACCCACAGCGACGAGGACGGCUAGCGGCGGCCAGCCGUCCUCGCCGACACGCCGAGGCAGCGACUAUGAUAUACCUGGAGGUUGGGGUGACCAGGUAGACUGACGAUAAAUAGCCUCGGGGAGUAGUAGAUCUGUUGUUGUCUCCAUCGAUCUCGUACAUUAUCUACCCACGACCCCAAUUGCGUACGGCUAGGGCAUUGUACCGGUAGCGUUCCGUCAUAUGUAUCACUCAGGAAUUUCGUUGUACUUUGAAUAUCGGACCUGACAGCAGGGAGAAAUAUCA